GAGAUCAGGCACGAGGAUGCGCCGAGCUCGGUGACGACACACUUCACGUCCAGCCGUCGUCUCGAUCACAUGAAGAAUCCCGUCUUCGCUCAUCCAGCUCCACUCGACUCCCGCGCAUUGCCUGUACCACUAUUGAAAUACUGCCUCGUGCAUGAUUGACCAGUCUCCAAUCCCUUAGCCACAUCGCACAAACACACCUCCCACCAUGGACGCCGCCCGGCGCUUCUUCUACGGGCCCUCCCCAGAAGAACAGAAACGAAAAUGCAACUCCCUCCUCCGCAGCAACACCCGCAAACUCGACCGCGACCUCCAAAACCUCAAAACCCUCGAAUCCAAAACCAAAUCCCUCAUCCUCCAAGCCUCCAAACGCGCACAACGCAACCCCUCUCAAGCAACCCAAGCCCGCGCCGAAACCCGCAUCUUCGCCAAAGAACUCCUCCGCGUGCGAAAACAAACCCAACGCCUCUCCACCAGUAAAGCAACCCUCCAAAGUGUCGGAAUGCAAGUCAAUGAAGCCUUUGCUAUGAAGAAAAUCGAAGGCGGGAUUAAGAAUUCGGUGGGGAUUAUGAAGGAUGUGAAUAUGUUGGUGAAAUUACCCGAGUUGACGGGGACUAUGAGGGAGUUGAGUCAGGAGUUGGUGAAGGCGGGGAUUAUUGAGGAGAUGGUGGGGGAUUCUUUGCCGGAUCAGGGCGUUUUGGAGGAUGAGGAUGAAGAGGCGGAGGCGGAGGUUGAUAAGAUUUUGGGAGAGGUACUCAAAGACAGGACGCAGGCUACGCCACAGUUGCCAAGUGGGCCUUUGGGGCCGAUCGAGGCGCAGCCUGCGCAGGAGGAAGAGGAAGAUUUCGAGAACGAGGAGACGUUGGCGCAGAUGAGGAAUCGGUUGGAGGCGUUGAAGAGUUGAAGGGUGAGUUGCGAUUGGAAUCAAGUGAAAUGUGCUACACUUUUCUGGAGUUGAAGGUGCUGGUGGCGAAGCCAGAGGUGGUGGCUCCUCGCAACGUGAUCGCCUGUCACUGCCAGACGUGAUCAAGGAUGUUCCACUUGACUAAAAAAAAUCAACGUACCGCGACCGCGACAUCACUCAAAUCCAUCAAGUCCCAGCAAUGCGAUAACAGCUGGCUACAACGACAUUCCGAGAUAAACUAGGCAGCAACGCGCCCUGCUUGGACAUGAAAGA